AUGUCCUGCUACGACCUGUGCUCCAUCGGCUCUGCCUGCGGUGCCCUCCGCCCCCAGCCCCUGGCUGACAGCGGGAACGAGCCAUGCGUCCGCCAGUGCCCUGACUCCACCACCGUGAUCCAGCCUCCCGCCGUGGUGGUCACCUUCCCCGGCCCCAUCCUCAGCUCCUUCCCCCAGGAUUCCGUGGUGGGAUCUGCUGGAGCACCCGUCCUUGCAGCCUCCGGAGCCUCCCUGGGCUAUGGGGGCUACGGGUCCCUGGGCUAUGGGGGCUACGGAUCCCUGGGCUAUGGGGGCUACGGAUCCCUGGGUUAUGGGGGCUAUGGAUCCCUGGGCUAUGGGGGUCUCUAUGGAUAUGGGGGUUACGGAUCCCUGGGCUACGGGGGUCUGUGGGGCUAUGGGGGUCUGGGCUCCUGUGGCGGGUACCGGGGCCUGUAUGGCUCCGGCAGAGCCUUUGGCUCUGGCUAUUGCAGCCCCUACUCCUGCUCCUACUCCCGCUACGGCCGCUACCGCCGCGGCAGCUGUGGCCCCUGCUAA